CAAACUUUUAGUAGCUACGCUCGACUACGGCCAGUCGCAGGUCUGACUUAGAGGCGAGCAAGCCCGAAGUCAGCGCUCGGAACUGUCCCGCCAAGAGUACCACUUUCGAGGUACGAAAGGCAGGAAAAAAGACGGUUCGCACGCACAAGCAUCGCCCCAUCUCGGUUCCAGAUCCAGUACCACGACAAGUGCACGGUACGGCUGUUGUCGAGGCAAUUUAAAGAUUUAAACAGUGCGGUGCAUCGAUGAGGACCCGUGAGAUCUUCGUCCUGUGAUAAAUGUUAAUUUCGAGACGCCGGCCAUAUAAAUUAUCUAGUGAGAAGUUUAUGCUUCACGGUGUGAGAAAGAGUGAAUUAUGAAUUAUUCAAGCUGCAAUAUAUGGGAUUAAUGUGUUUUGAUGGUUCGAUUUGAGCACUGAUUGGAUGUGGGAUACGGAUCUUCAAGUAUGACUCUCCCAGUGAAUUCACAAAAAAUUGGUGAUAUGGCCUCCAUUCGCAGACUGUUGGGCGAAGAAGCUACAAUCACCGGACUGACCUGUCCCAGCUGUGAUAUGCCGUUCGACAAGGGCAAAAAGAGAAGAUUGAUCGACAACUGUGGACACGAGAGAUGUUACUCUUGCAUGUUCUACAACGAAGUUUGCCCGUUAUGUUUUGUAAAUAACCAAGAUGAUGAAAUAGAUGGCAUCACUUCCCCUAACAAUAUAAAUCUAAAAGGAUCUCAAAUAACACUUUAUGGCGAAAUAACACCACAAUACAUCAGGACUGAUGAAAAAAUACCAUGCAGAACCAGGGUCAAGACUAAUGGACAUUUCACUACGCCUCCUUCGGUAAAACAAGAGCACCUUUCUUCAGUUCAUCCAGAAAAACUCCCCAAAACUAGACCUUCAAAUUCCCGCUUCCGUGCAGAUCAAAACGUAAUGGUACAAAGUUGUCCAACACCACCACAAUCUCGAAGAAAAUUUUUCCUCAGUCCUAAGGCACUAAGGAAUUCUAUUACUCAGAGUCAUAGUGAACGACAAUCAGUCGAAUCUACUAUGUCAGCUUCAACAGAACUACGCAAUUGGCGAAGUGUAGUUUUAGGAAAAAUUAAGUCCUUAUGGUCAACAGGAGCAUCAAACGCUAAUGCUGGUCUAAAUCAACUUUUAUCAGACGAUGGCACUGAAAGUUCAAACCCAAGAAUGGCAAAAAAGAACUCAGAUAGUGAUAUGUAUAUGAGACUGGGAUUAUUAUUGGGUGAUUCUGCACAGAGGAAUAAGGCUAAUAUGAAACAUCACAACUCAAACCAUUCAUUACAUGGUUACGAGGUGAUAUCUUCAAAUACCAGUCCUCUAUCAACUCUCACCGGAUCUUCUGAGGAUCAGCAUAGAAUGAAUCCCUACUCUGAGAGCACAAGUUCUAUCAUGUCCAUGUCUAUGUCUGGUCACAGCAACUGUAGUUCGAGUCCGGUUGGUAUGAGGCGAUACAUUCCAGUUCAAGCACAAGUAGAGGAUAGGACACCUCGGAAAACUUUCUUCAAAAGAACUGCAAAAUCACCAAACGAAAUUAGUUUUCCACAGUACAAACCUCCUCAGUUGACUUUGAAACCAUUGUUCUUUGAGGUACCGUUACAAGAACCAGAUCCACUUUUCAUCGGAAGGCAUUGGUUGAUAAAGGACAUCGAAGAUGUCUUAGUCUCUUCAAAUCCAGGCAUCCUGCUGACUGGCAACCCUGGUACAGGAAAAACUGCAUUCAUACUACAGUUAGUACAAUAUAGUUGUUUCGGAAGGAGAAAGGAUCAUUUCCACAUAAGCGCAACACAAAACAUGAACACUAUCGAGUCUUCAGUCAGUCCUCAGAGCAUAUACUACCAGAUAGAUUUGGUGAUGGAAAGGAUCAAGCAACUGUCGAACAGUGUUGUAGCAUAUCAUUUCUGCCAAGCCGAUAACAAUAAUACCUGUCUUGUACCUGAUUUCAUCCACUCAUUGGCAGCGCAGUUAUGUCAAGCUCCACAACUUGCAGCCUACAGAGAUCAUCUGUUGAGCGAACAGCAUCUUCAAUCCGCGUUGUCACUGAAGGAAUGCAUAGCCAACCCAGAUGUAGCGUUGGUGAGGGGUAUUCUAGAACCGCUCACUAAUUUGGAAAAAUCGGGGAAGAUCAAGAACGUGAAUUAUCUCAUCCUUAUUGACGCUCUGUGCGAAGCCGAGUAUCAUCGACCAGAUCACGGAGAUACCAUCACAACUUUCUUAAUGAAACAUAUAUCAAGUUUUCCUUCUUGGUUGAAAAUUCUUGCCACCAUUCGAACACAACUCCAAGACAUAGCCAAGCAUUUGCCGUACACCAGGAUUAGUUUGGAUUCGAACUGCAAUGAGAACAUCCAAAAAGAUAUGUUGAACUACAUAAACUUCAGGUUGCAAAAUAGUCCCAGUAUACAAAACAAUAUAAUAGCAUCAACCAGUGGAAAAUUGGAGAGUGAAUCUGUUUCCUUGCAUAAAUUCUCUCAGCAUCUCCUCAAUUUGAGCAAAGGUUCAUUCCUCCACACCAAACUGACUUUGGAUCUUCUAGAACGAGGACAUCUGGUGGCGAAAUCAUCAGGAUACAAAGUACUGCCGGUCAGUCUUGCUCAGAUAUACCUGUUGCAUUUCAACCUUCGAUUUCCGACCAUACGUUCUUUCGAAAAAGUUUCCAAUAUUUUGAGCGUAUGCUUAGCAGCGUUGUAUCCUUUAACACUGUUGGAGGUUUACUAUUCAGUCAACGCCCUAUCCACGGACAACUUCACUUCUUGGUCCGAGUUCCUUCAGUCCUUCAAGCUACUUUCCGGCUUCCUCAUCAAGAGGCUAGAUAACACCUAUAUGUUCUUCCACCCGUCCUUCAGGGAAUGGUUGAUAAGGAGGGACGAACACGAGAACAACAAGUUCCUGUGCGAUCUCCGCUCAGGUCAUGCCGCCAUUGCCUUCCGAUUAUCCAGGAUCCAAGCGCCAUUAGACGCGGAAAAAACUUUGGAACUCUCGCACCACAUCCUGAAGGCCCACGUCUAUCGGAACAUCCAACUGGGUGACUUGAGUUCCAGGGAUCUGCAAGCGUUUUGGAUAUCGGACAGCUCUCAGGAUACCUCAGACGCCAUAUGCCACAUAAGAAACAUGUACAGUCCAAACGUUAAAGUGUCGAGAUUGCUGCUCUUAGCUGGAGGCUCACCGAACAGUAUUACCACGUUUUUGGGGAACGCACCGAUGCUUUGCAUGUACGCCAAUGAAGGAAUCAUUCCCAUGGUGUCUCUACUUCUGGAGUUUGGUGCCGAUGUAGAGCUUACGAAUAGUCAGGGUUGCACCGCUCUGUCUCUGGCUGCAGCUAAAGGACAUUGUGAUAUAGUUAAGCAUUUGAUAGCGGCUGGAGCCAGACCUGGUCAUCCUGAUACAGCAGGGAAUUGCUCUCUAGUCCACGCAGCCAGGAACGGCUACCUGAACAUCGUUUCCUACCUUAUCGCCUGCGAUUGGAGCUCCGAUUCGACUGAAGUCCAACUGGCCGAGGCUGCUCAACAAGCUCUUAUAGCAGCAGCUGGUCAAGAUCACGUGGAGAUUGUGGAAUUUAUGCUCGAUAUGGCCGAGGUUGAUAUCGACAUUCCAGAUACGAUUACGGGUGAAACGGCGUUGACUAUAGCAGCUACGAACGGUUGCAACAAUGCCUGUUCAGUCCUGAUUUCUAGGGGAGCGAAGCUGAACGUGCCGAACAAGAGGAUGUUGGUACCGCUGCAUUUGUGCGUUAAAGAGGGACACUGGGCUAUAGCGGAGAAGCUGCUGCAGCAUCAGGCGUCCAUAGAGCAGGCCGAUAAGGUUGGAAAGACCGCUUUGAUGUAUGCCGCAUCUGAAGGUUAUGUCGGCUUGAUCGAGCUUCUCUUAGAUAAAGGAGCUAAUAUCCACAAAGAAGACUCAGAUGGUUUAACGGCUUUCUGUUGGGCUUUGCUGAGAGGAAGGCAGCUUGCAGUCCAAUGCCUCAUAGAAAGAGGCGCAAAAAUAAACCAUACGGACAAAAUGGGAAGGACGCCCCUGGACUUGGCUGCGUACCAAGGAAACUCAACGACUGUGCAACUCUUGCUAGACAAAGGAGCAAUUAUUGAGCACGUGGACAUCAAUGGUAUGAGGCCGCUUGAUAGAGCAAUCGGCUGCAGAAACAUUCAAGUUAUACAUUGCUUCUUGAAGAAAGGGGCUAAGCUUGGACCAGCUACCUGGGCGAUGGCUGCCGGAAAACCCGAAAUAAUACUGAUCCUUUUGAACAAAUUAUUAGAAGAUGGAAACAUUCUGUACAGAAAAAAUAGACUGCGCGAAGCAGCUCACCGUUACCAGUAUGCCUUGAAAAAAUUCCCCCCAGAUGAGCAGGGAGGCAAUACUCAAGCUUUCAACCAACUUCGUAUCAACUUUCUAUUGAAUUACUCGAGGUGCAGGAGAAAACUAAACGAGACCGAUGAAGCAAUAGAAUUAGCCAACGAAGUACUAUCCAUGAAACCAGAGUCUUACGAAGCAUACUACGCCAGAGCUAAAGCCUAUUUGAACUAUUCGAACUACGAGCAAGCUCUGAAAGAUGUCAAAGAAGCUCUCAAAUUGUCUCCAUUACAGAACAUGCAAAUAAGGAAAGUGUUAGUUUAUUUAAGGGAUGAAAUAAACUCAAAACUGAAUAAUCCUAGCCAAUUGCCGAAAAAAGACUUUACAGUUUCUGUCGAUGUCCUCAAUGAAUAAAAAUUUAUGAUGUAUAUAGAAUGCAAUUUGUAGUAUAAACUUUUGAAAGUUACAAAGAAGACUGAUGAAAAUUUUCAAUUUCCUCACAUAUCGAGGUACUCCAGUUUUUGUAAAUCGUUAUACCUAAUCUUCUGCGUUUUGUUAUAAAUAUUCAGGAUUUUUUGUAGUCCUUCAAAAAUCACAAUGUAAAAAUAUCCCAGUGAUAUAGAUAAAAGCCUAUUUUUCUGUAAAACAAUAAUGAAUGAUGUAUUUUAUAAUUUAUUUGAAAAAACAAUUAUUCAUGAUAGUGUGUAGCAUGACUAAAUUAUUAUUUAUUCGUUAUUUAAGCAAAAUGUUUUUCUUGUACCUUUGUUGUUGUUUUUUUUUAUUUAAAACUUUAUUGUAAAAUGAUGAAAAUGUAUACUGUAAACAGUUCAUUGCAAUUUAUUUAUUUCAGACAAAUUCAGUUCAAAUAAUUUGUAUAUCACAUGCAAUAGAACAAUCUAAAUUGCUUCAAUAUCCAUACAGUAGUGCAAUAGUAAAAAAUAAAGUUUAUUUAGUUCUGACAAAAUGCUGUUCAUAAUUUGGGCUUUUGCAAUUUAUCAGUUAUACCUUUGAAAAAUGUAAAAUAAAAUAUUAUAACAG